AUGACGGCCGACGACAGCGCUAUCUACUCUAAUGGCGCGAAGAGCUCCGCGCUGGAGAGUCAGGUUGAGUUUGCAUCGGACAAGGCGAUCAUCAAGCACUAUCAACAUGUCGCGAAGCCGAGCGUCGAGCAGCUUUUGGUAUCCGAGAACAGUCUGCCGUUGCCUGAAGAUAUUCCGCCUCCUCCGCCCGGCGGAUAUAGGCUUUACAAGCGCCGUUGGGCGGGUAUCGCUGCACUCUUCGCGUUGGAUGCUGUCGUGUCGAUGGGAUUGGGUUGGUUCGGGCCUAUUGCCGACGAUGUCUCCGACCAGCUCGGCUUUACCGAUACACAGGUCAACUGGCUCGGCAAUAUCCCGAAUUGCGCGUACUUGGUCGUGGCUUUCUUGAUUCCUAUUUGCUCGAGGCGGCUAGGCAUGCGUUACACCGCUUGCAUAGGUACCGUCUUGUUCUUGAUUUCCGUUUGGAUUCGGUUCGCGGGCACUGCGCGCUCGUUGAGUCCUGGCGGCGCGUAUACGCUCGUCAUCAUUGGCCAGUUCCUCGGUGGCUUCUCGCAGCCUUUCUUCCAAGUCAUCUCGCCCAAGUACUCUGAGUUGUGGUUCGACGUUAAAACGCGCACGACGGCUACUAUGAUCAUUGCGCUCGCUAACCCAAUCGGUGGAGCUAUUGGACAUCUUAUCGUGCCGAGGUUUACCGAUAUCAGGCAAGGUAUCUUGGUCUUGAGCAUCAUCAGCACCGCUGCUGCUCCUCUUGCUAUCUUCAUCCUCGAUAAGCCGCCUACUCCGCCCACGUACGCAGGAAGCAAGAAAACUCCCGGUCUUCGCGUUCUCUUGAAGGCUAUCGCUGGCAAGGAGGUCAAGCAGGAUGCGCUCAUGACGUGGCGCGAGCGUCUCGACUUUGCUAUCUUGGUGUGGAUCUUCUCGACCUUGUCGGCCGCCAUCGAUGGGUUCAGCCGCAACUCGGGACACUGGCUCCAUCCGUACGGGUACACGAGCAGCCAGUCUGGUCUCUUCGGAGCCGUUCUGCUCAUUUCCGGUAUCGUCGCCGCGCUCUGCACCGCUCCGAUUCUCGACCGUGUCUUGACGAACCAUAUCGCGCUCGCCAUUCGCAUUCUCUGCCCGAUCAUUGGGUUGGCAUGGUUAAGCCUUAUCUGGGCCGUACGAGAGAACGACGCGCCCGCGUUGUUUGCUAUCUUUGCCACCAUCGGUGCAUGCUCGAUCUCGUUGUUACCCAUAGCGGUUGAGCUCGGUGUCGAGCUUACCCGCAACUCUGCCGGCUCGUCCGCUAUUCUGCGGUUCUCGGCGAACUUGUUGAGUAUCAUCUUCAUCCAGUCCGAGGGCGCUCUGGUUGCUCCCGAGACCGCCAACCCGCCAUCGAACUUGCACCAAGGCAUCAUCUUCAGCGGUGUUUGGGCCUUCACUUCGUCAUUCCUCGUCUACUUCCUCAACGGUAGGCAAGCGCGUCGCGAGCGCGAUGUCGCGAUGGCAAGGGCGGAAGCAGCGGCGGCGUCCAGAGAGGAUAUGACCACGGUUGUAUAA